UUUAAAAAUAUUAAAUUCAAAAAAUAUAUUCUUUGAAUUUGAAUGCUAUGUUCACCUUUAUAGAAACACGUGCUUCAAAUCAGCGCUAACCUCUAAAAUUUCAUUACGUGUAAUUUGAUAACGUGUUUCUUUUAAUACAUGACACUUUGAAUUCGAUAAUUGCAUCAACGUACCAAUUGGUACUAAAUAUUUUCUAAAAUAUUUAUUAUUUAGUUAUUAAAAUUUUAUAAUUAUAAACAUGAAAGAAAAACUUCCUGAAACAAUUAAUUUUUCGAAAGAAGAAGAGAUUAUUUUAGAAUUAUGGAAAAAAUGUGAUACGUUUCAGAAUUCUUUAAAAUUGUCAAAAGGAAGACCAAAAUAUUCAUUUUAUGAUGGUCCACCAUUUGCUACUGGAUUACCUCAUUAUGGACAUAUACUUGCAGGUACAAUAAAAGAUAUUGUAACAAGAUAUGCUUAUCAAUCUGGUUAUCAUGUGGAAAGACGAUUCGGCUGGGAUACUCAUGGUUUACCUGUCGAAUUUGAAAUCGAUAAAACAUUGAAUAUAAAAGGUCCUGAUGAUGUUAUGAAAAUGGGAAUAGAAAAUUAUAAUAAAGAAUGUCGAAAUAUUGUAAUGAAAUAUGCAACAGAAUGGGAAGUAAUUGUAGGUAGAAUUGGUAGAUGGAUAGAUUUUAAAAAUGAUUACAAAACAUUAUAUCCUUGGUAUAUGGAAUCUAUUUGGUGGGUUUUUAAAGAAUUAUACAAUAAAGGUCUUGUAUACCAAGGUGUUAAAGUAAUGCCAUAUUCCACUGGUUGUAAUACACCUUUAUCUAAUUUUGAAUCAGGACAAAAUUAUAAAGAUGUUAUUGAUCCUUCCAUAGUUGUAUCAUUCCCAUUAGUAGAUGAACCAGGUGUUUAUAUUCUUGCUUGGACUACUACACCUUGGACUUUACCCAGCAACUUGGCUCUUUGCUGUAAUCCUAUUUUUGAAUAUGUAGAAGUUAAAGAUCAUGCAUCUGGUAAUAUUUAUAUUAUAUUAGAAUCAAGUUUAGAACUUAUUUACAAAUCUAAAGAUUUAUAUACUAUACAAGGUAAAAGGAAAGGAUGUGAUUUAAAAGGAAAGAUUUAUAAUCCUCCUUUUCCAUAUUUUCAAAAUUUAAAAGAGAAGGGUGCCUUUAUAAUAUUAAAUGAUACAUAUGUCACAGCAGAAACUGGUACAGGUAUUGUUCAUCAAGCUCCAUAUUUUGGAGAAGAUGAUUAUCGAUGUUGUUUGGAAGGUGGAGUAAUAACAAGAGAUCAAGAAAUUAUAUGUCCUAUUGAUAGCUGUGGAUGUUUUAUAGAACCAGUACAUGAUUUUGUUGGAAAAUAUGUAAAAGAUACUGAUAAAGAUAUUAUUAAGUAUCUUCAGACACAUAAAAGAUUAAUUCAUAAUGGCACUACUAAACAUAGUUAUCCAUAUUGCUGGAGAUCUGAUACACCAUUGAUAUAUAAAGCUGUACCUUCAUGGUUUAUUAGAGUGGAAGCUAUAAAAAAUAAACUUCUUGCAGCAAAUAGUAAUACAUAUUGGAUACCAGAUUAUAUUAAAGAAAAACGAUUUGGUAAUUGGUUAAAAGAUGCUCGUGAUUGGACUAUUAGUAGAAACCGUUAUUGGGGUAAUCCAAUUCCUCUGUGGAUAUCAGAAGAUGGACAAGAAAUUGUAUGUGUAGGAAGUAUUGCAGAAUUAGAAGAAUUAACUAAUACAAAAAUAACAGAUAUUCAUAGAGAAAAUAUAGAUCAUUUAACUAUACCAUCAAAACGACCAGGAUACUCACCUUUACAACGUAUACCUGAAGUGUUUGAUUGUUGGUUUGAAUCUGGAUCAAUGCCAUAUGCACAAAUGCAUUAUCCUUUUGAACAUCAGAAAGAAUUUGAAGAAAAUUUCCCAGCUGAUUUUAUUGGUGAAGGUAUUGAUCAAACUCGUGGAUGGUUUUAUACUCUUUUAGUUAUAUCAACAGCUCUUUUCGGAAAAGCUCCAUUUAAAAAUCUGGUAGCUAAUGGUUUAAUACUUGCAUCUGAUGGACAAAAAAUGUCUAAACGUAAAAAAAAUUAUCCAGAUCCUGUGGAAAUUAUUAAUAAAUAUGGAGCAGAUGCUCUUCGUUUAUACUUAAUUAAUUCUCCUGUUGUUAGAGCAGAAAAUCUGCGUUUUAAAGAAGAAGGAGUUAGAGAUAUUAUAAAAGAUGUUUUUUUACCUUGGUACAAUGCAUUUAGAUUUUUAAUGCAAAAUAUUGAAAAAUUUGAAAGAGAAGAAAAAAUUACUUUUGUAUAUGAUGAUUUUAAAAAUGUAUGUUCUAGUAAUAUAAUGGAUAGAUGGAUUUUAUCUUUUACACAAACAUUAUUACAAUUUUUUAAACGAGAAAUGCAUGCUUAUAAAUUAUAUACUGUGGUUCCUCAUUUAAUAAAAUAUAUAGAUAAUCUUACUAAUUGGUAUGUAAGAAUGAAUAGAAAACGUAUAAAGGGAGAUGGUGGUGUAAUUGAUUGUCAACAAGCUUUGACAACUUUAUUUUCUGUUCUUUAUAUAAUGGUACGUGUAAAUGCACCAUUUACACCAUUUUUAACAGAAUUUAUGUUUCAACGUUUGGUUAAAUUACUUCCUCCAUCUAAAGCUAAUAUGGACAGUGUUCAUUAUCAAAUGAUACCAGAAUCUAAUUCAAAAUUAAUAGAUGAAAAAAUUGAAAAGGCUGUAUCUUAUAUGCAAACUGUAAUUGAAUUAGGACGUGUUAUAAGAGAUAGAAAAACAAUUCCUGUUAAAUAUCCAUUACCAGAAAUUGUAGUAAUUCAUCAAGAUGCUGAAGUAUUGAAAGAAAUAAAAUCUUUGGAAUUAUAUAUUCUUGAGGAACUUAAUAUAAAAGAAUUAACUGUUACUACAAAUAAGGAAAAAUAUGGUGUUAAAUUAAAAGCAGAACCAGAUCAUAAAAUACUUGGAGCUCGUCUUAAAGGAGAAUUUAAAUCUGUUACUCAAGCUAUUAAAGAACUUUCUGAUGAAGAAUUGCAAAUUUUUGUUGCAAAAAAAGAAAUUAUUAUACAAGGUCAUAAAUUAGAGGAACAAGAUUUACGACUUAUGUUUAGUUUCACAGGUCCAGCAGCUGAAAAAUUGUCAAAACAGUAUGAAGCUCAUAGUGAAGGAAAUGUUUUAAUUUUAUUAGAUGUUACUUCUGAUGAAAACAUGCAUAAUGAAGGAAUGGCAAGAGAAAUAAUCAAUAGAAUUCAGAAGCUAAGAAAGAAAGCUCAAUUAGUUCCAUCUGAUGAAGCCAUUGUAUAUUAUGAAAUACAAGAUCAAAAUAGUAAUUUGGCAAAAGUAAUUAUCAGUCAUAAAGAAUUUAUUGAAAAUGCAACUAAAACUCCACAAGAAAAUAUAUCGAAAAUGUCAAAUAAUGCAAAUAUAAUCAUAGAAGAAAUGCAAAAAAUUAAAAAUAUUGACAUGAAACUUAUUUUAGUAAAACCUGAUAUUGAAAAUGAUAAAAACAAUGUAAAACCUUUUUUAAAAUACGUAAAUAUUGAACUUAUAGGCAUAAAACCAAGAUUUGGUGCAACUAAUUGUAUAGGAACUGUAUUAUUAGAAACUCCUAACACAUUAGUUCCUAUUUCUUAUAAUCAAUUAAAGUAUGAAAUUCAAUUAAUAUUUGGUAUUUAUGGUUGUGCUUAUAAUUUAUACGUUGAUAAUAAACCACUAUCGGAAGAAACGAAUAUUUUAUCAUUGCAUCAACAAACAAUAAAAGUAAUAAAAGUAGGUUUAGUUAUAACUCAAUCAUUUUCAGUAUUAAAACAUCCUGUUUGUAAAUUUAUUAAUAUCAAUAGCAUUUUAGGGAAAGGUACUAUUCUUUUAGAAAAUCCAAAAGGAAAUUUUAAUUUAAAUAAUGCAAUGUUAAAAGAACAAUUAAAUAUUUUUUUUAAUAAACUUAAUAUUUCUGAACCUAUACCUGAGGUAUUAAACGAAUUUUGGGGAAAAACACUUCAAUUAAGUUAAUUUCUAUUUAAAAGUGAUUUUUCAUUAAUUAUUUAUUUUACAUACGUACAUCAUUUUUAAAAUGUUUUUCAAAAUUUAAUAAUUUCAUUCAAAUUUAAAUUGAAAUUCAUAUUAAAUAUUAAUUCUACGAACUAUACAUUGUAUAUUUAAAUACCAAUUCUGAAUUGGUGGUAACUUUAUUCACAUAUUAUAUUUAUUUAUUUUAUAUAAGAAUUUAUAAAUCAUUCAAUUUUGUGGAAAACAGUAUGUAAUUACAUCAUUUUUAUAAUUAAGAAUUAAUAAAAGAUUAUUAUUAUAAACUAUAUA